GGACUGGGGAGCUGACAGCGCGCACUUCCCCCGCAGUUGCGACGGUGAAGAGAGCUCGUUGCGCUGGAACCCCACAGAUCCCCGGUGAAAAUGAAGGCGGCGGAUGAGCCUGCCUACCUGACAGUGGGAACUGAUGUCAGCGCCAAGUACCGAGGUGCCUUCUGUGAGGCAAAGAUUAAGACUGUGAAAAGGCUGGUAAAAGUUAAGGUACUCCUAAAACAGGACAAUACUACACAGUUGGUGCAGGAUGAUCAAGUAAAGGGUCCUUUAAGGGUCGGAGCUAUUGUUGAAACAAAAGCAUCUGAUGGAUCCUUUCAAGAAGCUAUUAUCAGCAAGUUGACAGAUGCUAGUUGGUAUACUGUAGUGUUUGAUGAUGGCGAUGAGCGAACACUAAGGCGUACCUCACUUUGCCUGAAAGGGGAGAGACAUUUUGCAGAGAGUGAGACGCUUGACCAGCUUCCAUUAACAAAUCCAGAACAUUUUGGAACUCCAGUUAUUGCAAAAAAGACAAACAGAGGACGAAGAUCUUCCCUUCCUGUAACGGAAGAUGAAAAGGAAGAAGAAAGCAGUGAAGAGGAGGAUGAGGAUAAGCGGCGUCUCAAUGACGAAUUAUUAGGAAAAGUUGUAAGUGUGAUAGCUACAUCGGAGAAUACAGAAUGGUGUCCUGCUUUGGUAAUUUCUCCCAGCUGUAAUGAUGACAUCACAGUGAAAAAAGACCAAUGUUUAGUUCGAUCAUUUACGGAUUCUAAAUUAAUGAGACCUGAGGAAGAACUUGAUCCUGAAGAGAGGGACAACUUCCUCCAACAGCUUUAUAAGUUUAUGGAAGACAGAGGUACCCCAAUCAACAAACCACCUGUGUUGGGCUACAAAGAUCUCAAUCUCUUCAAACUCUUCAGAUUAGUUUAUCAUCAGGGUGGAUGUGACAAUAUUGAUAGUGGUGCUGUAUGGAAGCAAAUUUAUAUGGACCUUGGCAUUCCUAUUUUGAAUUCAGCUGCUUCCUACAAUGUAAAAACUGCUUAUAGAAAGUAUCUCUAUGGUUUUGAGGAGUACUGCCGCUCUGCAAAUAUUCAGUUCAGAACUAUUCACCACCAUGAACCAAAAGUAAAAGAGGAAAAAAAAGACUUAGAAGAAUCAAUGGAAGAGGUGCUAAAAGAAGAUCAAGAAAUGCCUUUAGUAGAAGUGAAGAGCGAACCUGAGGAAAAUAUUGAUUCAAAUAGUGAAAGUGAAAGAGAAGAAAUAGAAUUAAAAUCUCCAAGGGGACGAAGGAGAAUUGUUCGAGAUGCAAAUUGUAUUACAAAAGAAAGUGAAGAGGAGAAACCAGAAGACAAAUUACAAGAUAAUGACACAGAAAGUAAGGAUGUAGAUGAUGACUAUGAAACUGCAGAGAAAAACGAAAACGAGCUACUCUUGGGGAGAAGAAAUGCACCAAAACCCAAAGAGAAGAAAGUGAAAAGGCAGGAGGACUCUGACAAAGAUUCAGAGGAAGAGGAAGAGAAAAGCCAAGAGAGGGGAGAAACUGAAAGCAAAUGUGAUUCUGAAGGAGAGGAGGAUGAGGAGGGCUCGGAGCCCUGCCUAACAGGAACCAAAGUGAAAGUAAAAUAUGGACGAGGGAAAACCCAGAAAAUUUAUGAAGCCAGUAUUAAAAGCACUGAAAUUGAUGAUGGAGAAGUUUUAUACUUGGUACAUUACUAUGGUUGGAAUGUCAGGUAUGAUGAAUGGGUGAAGGCUGACAGGAUAAUCUGGCCUUUGGACAAAGGUGGACCAAAGAAAAAACAGAAGAAAAAAGCUAAAAAUAAAGAAGACCUUGAGAAGGAUGAAAAGAGGGAGGAGGAGAGGCAGAAGUCAAAACGUGGACGACCUCCUUUAAAAUCUACCCUUUCGCCAAACAUGCCAUAUGGUUUGUCCAAGACACCAAACAGUGACGGAAAAUCAGAUUCUUGUUCCUCUGAUAGUGAAACAGAAGACCCUUUGGAAAAGAAUUUGAUGAAUGAAGAACUUUCUCCUGAUAUUAAAGAAGAAGUAGAAAAAAUUGAAAACUUAAAUGAUGAUAAAUUAAAUGAAGAAAAUCCAAAGAUUGCACAUAUAUUAAAAGAAAACGAUAGGACUCACAUGCAACCUUUAGAAACCCUGAAGUUAGAAGUUGGAGAAAAUGAACAAUUAGUUCAGAUUUUUGGAAACAAAGAGGAUCAAGUAGUAGAAGUUAAGAAGGAAGUAGAAAAAUCUCCAAAAGGAAAGGGAAGAAGGAACAAGGCAAAAGACCUUUCUUUGGAAAUUAUAAAGAUUUCAUCGUUCAGUCAGGAUGAAGCAGCAUGUGAACCUCAAAUAGAGACGACUCAGAAUCUAGAAUUUUCUUCAUUGGACAGCAGAGACUUUUCUUCCACUGAAGAUGAGAUGGACCAAUGUGUGAAAGAAAAAAAGUUAAAGCGGAAAAUACUAGGACAGUCAUCACCAGAUAAAAAAUUAAGAAUUGAGAAUGGGAUGGAGAUGACAAAUAACUUAUCACAAGAAAGGACCGGUGAUUGUGUGGGCUCUGAGGGCGUGAAAAGCUUAAAUUGUGAACAGCACUUUGAAACAGAAAAUGAGGGGAUGCCAUCGUUAAUAGCAGAAUCAGACCAAUGCAUUCAAGAACUGACUAGUGAAACACCUGAUGGCCCAGCUGAAGAAACUGCAAAUACUCCCCUCAAAGGAGAGGAGGGCACCAUGCCUCUGAUCGGGCCUGAAACCUUGGUUUGCCAUGAAGUCGAUUUGGACGAUUUGGACGAGAAGGAUAAGAGCAGUAUUGAGGAUGUGGUGGUAGAAAGCUCUGAAUCAAAUUCUUUGGUUUCUGUUCCGCCUUCCCUGCCUCCUGCAGCUUCGCCACUUACGCCCAGUCAAGACGAGUCUCGGAGUGUGAAGAGCGAAAGUGACGCAGCGGUCGAGGUUGAGAGUAUUGCCGAAGAAUGUCAAGAAGGUCUCUGUGAGAGGGGAUCAGCAAAUGGAUUUGAAGCCAGCAUAGCUGCUGGUACUUGUAGUAUAAUUAUACAGGAAAGAGAGAACAGAGAAAAGGCUCAAAAAAGGCCAAGCGAUGGAAAUAGUGGAUUAUUGACAAAAAAGCAAAAGCGUACCCCAAAGCGAACAAGUGUAGCCAAAAGCGAAAAGAACGGAGCAGGACAGAGCAGUGAUAGUGAAGAUCUUCCUGCCAUAGACAAUUCAAGUAAAUGUACUCCAGUAAAGCAUCUUAGUGUAUCCAAGCCACAGAAGAUUGCUCGGUCUCCGGCAAGAAUAUCACCUCACGUUAAAGAUGGAGAAAAAGAUAAACACAGAGAAAAACAUGCAAAUUCAUCUCCUAGGACGUAUAAGUGGAGCUUUCAACUCAAUGAAUUAGACAAUAUGAAUAGUACAGAGAGAAUCUCUUUCCUUCAAGAAAAGUUACAGGAAAUCAGAAAAUAUUACAUGUCUUUGAAGUCUGAAGUUGCAACUAUAGAUAGGAGGAGAAAGAGAUUAAAAAAGAAAGACAGAGAAGUGUCUCAUGCAGGCGCUUCCAUGUCAUCUGCUUCAUCAGACACCGGAAUGAGUCCCUCGUCGUCUUCCCCUCCGCAAAACGUACUUGCUGUGGAAUGCAGGUGAUACAUGCUUUCUCUGCCUGCCUAGCAGUGUGCUGCCAUGGACAUAAAUCCCCAAACCCUGAAAUACAACCACAGAAAGCACUCAACUGGUUUGACUUUGCCAAGUAUAUCUUGUAUACUUUCCCCGGCUGGAUUGUAUCUACUCCUUUCUCUUUUCUUUCUUCCUCUUGCAAAAUAUAAGCCGAUUAAUAAUUGAAGGUUAGGGAGCCUGCCACAUUUGUCAUAUUUUUCCCUUUUAAUUCUUUUCAUUAUUUGUGAAUAUAGAAAAAGAAGGGCAAGGGCACUUAGCAAAUUUAAAUUUGUGUAAUAAAUAAAGCUUUCAGGUGUUAUAGAAUUCAUAGACAAGCAAGUGCACAUGAUUAACAUCAAAAUAUUAUCCAGCUGAAUAGUUACUGCUGCACUUUCACUAAGAUGUAUUUUGAACACUUGGUGAGUUGGGGGUUUAUGUUGUGUGUGUGUGUUUUUUAAUUUUUGUUGUUUUUUAUUUUUGUGGAAGCACUUGCUAUUUAGAACUGCCAAAGUAUAUGUUCAGCAGUGUGCCCAGUUUUAAAGGUGUAAAUGGGACAAAAUAAAUUGUGAAAGGAAGUGUAGUUGGCUGAAAACUACAGUUGUCAUAAGUCUUCCACUUUUUAUAGGAUUUUUGAGCACACAAUUAUGCAAAUAUUUUAAUGUUUAUUAAUGUUUACAGUGGAAUUGUGAAUAAGUUUUCAGUGGACUAUCUUAUCCCUUGACAAAAAUAUUUUGUCUUUUUUCUAUGUAAUUUCAGAGUUUUUAUUUUGUUACAAAAAGACAAAAAUGAAAUAUAUAACAACAAUGAAGUUAUUUAACAAGAUUUCUAAAGGUGAAAAUUUUGUGUAAAAUAAGGUAUUAUCUUGCAACUUGUUAAAUAUAUUUAUUCAGACAUUGGAUGUUGUAUUUUUAUGUAUUUUUUAAAAUAUUAAUAAAAUUGAAAAAAAGAAAAUUCUAGGUUAAUUCACUCUUUGGAUGACACUAGCUCUCAGCUGUCCCCUUUACAGGCAGUUGUGUGCAGCAGCCGUGCCUGUAUUGAAGGGGGUCUGUCUCAGUCCUUCUAACAGAACUCGGAAUGGGCAUCUGGAUCACUGAAGUAUGUCCUCGUGUUGAAACUUUGGCAGUCCUAGUAUUUCAUCUGUUUUGAGGAUCAAGUUUUGGGUUGCCCUUAAGAUAUUUCGUCAGUUUUUAUGUUUGCUAUACUGCCGAAUAAAUUCCUAUCUCCCAAAGUUGAGAUGCAACAACUAAGUAAAGCAACUAUGUAUGCUUUUGUCUGUGAAUUGUUCCACAGACUGAUACAUUUUGUAAAUAAUUCUUCCAAAAUCAUGUAUUUAAAGCAGUUUUGCAUAUACAGUAUGUAAAAAAGAUGAUUUUUUAAAAAAAUCAAUUUUUAAAUUCAUUUGUACAUUGAAAGGGGCUUUUUAAAGCUCCUUUUCUGUGUUUAAUAUGCUGUAGAGUAAUAACCUAGAUGCUCUAGACUGUAUGUCAUAUCUGAUUUACAAGAACAAAGUCAGAGCUAAACACUAGUGAUGACAUAGCAUUACUGAAAUCAUUGUUUCCUAGUUUCCUUUUACCACAUUGUGAACUUGUGAUUCAGAUUCCUUCCAUUUUUGCAGAGAAUUAAAAGCAAAAAAAGUA